AUGGCUGUAAAUAAUGAUGAACAUAUUAUAACAUCACUGGCCUGUGCUCAUCGACUCAAGACAAGCGUUUGCCGUACAGCAACAGAAUUCAAACAUUUACGCACGAAAUUACUAGAAAAUUUACAAACUAUAAAAUCUAAACAUGUUAAUAAUAAUUCUCAAGGUUCACUAUCAACAAUGGCUAUUGACUACUGUUUUGAUGACGAUGUCAGUAUCGACGAUCAUUUUCAGCAGGUAUCUGAUGCCAUUUUAGAGGAGCAUGCUGUUGCGAAACGACCUAGUCUCGUCAUAUUUGGUCCCAAUUCAAGUGGUAAAACGUCGUUCAUUCAGCGUUUUCUUGGUAUAGGCAAUAUCUUACCGUCGGGUAUCGGACCUGUAACAGCACGUAUCGUUCAAUUCACAUAUGCAUCAGCUGAUCGAGCAUGUUUUCAUGUUUAUGAAACUAUUGAAAAGACAUCGGUUCAAGCCGAAGGCAAUUUAUCACAUUUCUUUGAAAAUCAGCUACAACCGAAUUGGGAAGGUAUCACCAAGGUUAUACAACCUCAUGUUAAGCGGCCUAUUAAUAUUGAUGAGAACUCGGUCGAAUUCAAUGAAUGGGCCAAAUGCUUUGUUGAACUUUCAUUACCAUCUAGUGUCCUUUCGUUGGGUAUUGAUAUCUAUGAUACACCUGGUUUUCUUUCAGACAAUCGUGAACAAGUGUUAACUGAGAAUUUACAUAAACUUGUGAAACGUAUUACGCCAACUCUUGUCUUUCUUUAUGAUAAUGCUACCAUCAGUGACACUGACAAGAACUGUUUUCUAGCCAUGAAAGAUACUUUAGGCUCCAUGGAACGCGUGUCGGUAUUUUUCUUGAAUACUAAAGCCGAUUGCAUAUCGAUUGCUAAUGAUUAUUUUCUUGAUGAUGAUCCCGAAAAUGUAUCAGUCGAUCUCUUCUCUAAUACGCUACGUGAAAAACGACAACAUUGCUAUGAACUCCUUCUUCGACGAUGUGAAAUGGCCAAUGAAGCACUUGGUCGUUUGCCCGAUUCAGUUGAUGAAUGUACAUGUUUUGAUAUUUGCACGGUUCCAGGUAAUUUCGAUCCAUGGGAAACAUAUACAAAUGUGAUAAAUACAACCAGCUUUCGACGUAUAGUUGCAUUUGCCGUCGAAGCCUAUUCUGCGCCAACCCUCGCAUUAAUGCGAGACAUGCUUGCUACAGUAGAUGAUUAUUUCGAUUUGACUGUUUCAACAGCAGAUCGUCUACCAAAACAGUGGGCUGCCCUACAUGAUGAAGCCAUAGAAUGGGGUUGCCAUUUUUUUGAUGAGUACGAAAAAGUAUUGCCAGAACUUAUUGAUGAUUUAGUCGCAAAUAUUUUACAUUUAUUUGAAGAAUUAAAACCACAAAUCGCUCAUCAAGCCGCAUUGAUCAAACGUACUGAAGAUUCUAUUGAUGCACUACUACAAGACAAUAAUGGUGACCAUGAUAUUUAUAAAUUACUUGAAGCUAUGGAUGCUUAUGCUACUUUGUCGAAUGAAACUAAUAGGCGCACUUUUGCCAUUUAUUGUUUGACAACAAUUGCAGAUGAAAUUAAGCAACAAAAACCAGCUUUCGGACGUAAUUUAAUCCAAUGGGUAAAUGAACAAAGAAAAGCGUUUAACAAGAAUGUAACAUCGAAUUAUAAAUAUAUUACGAAGCAUCUCUCAGAUCAGCAGAAGCUUCAUAAUCUUAUUUCUCAAUUUUCUGGCCCUUUUGCUAUAAUUGAAUGUCAAUUAUUAGCAGCUGAAGAACUCAAUAGACGCGGUGGUGUUCUGCCUACUAUAGGCGAAGAACUAGGAAGAGGUGGCUUCUGCAGUGUACAUACAGCUCAGUGGGACCCAGAAAAUAAUCUAGCUGUGAAAAAGUUACUUUGUCCAUCGGUCGAAAACGAACAGAUGUUUGCUCUAGAAGCGCAUUAUCAUCGAACAGCUGCACGUUUAUGUUCAAAUUAUCUUGUUCCACUUCUUCAUUUAUAUGAAAACAAUAUAGAUGAUAAUAAACAAGAACUAUGGCUCAUAAUGCCAAGAUAUUCUAUGUCGCUGCGAAAGUAUUUGACACAACACAUUCAUGACAUAUCUUUUGCCAAAGUUAUCAGUUUCGCACUGACGAUCGCUCAAGCACUUGCAGAACUUCAUCGUCUUGAAAUUGUUCAUCGAGAUCUUAAAUCUAGCAACAUUAUGCUUGAUGAUAAUGAACAAUGCCAUAUUAUCGAUUUUGGCACAGUCAAAUUAGGACUAUCCAAUCGAACUCUUUUAGGUACAGCUCCAUUACCACCAGAGAUGAUUGCCGCGUAUCUUCAAUCGAACAGUAGAUAUAUUACUUAUGAUGGAACUGCAGCAGAUGUUUAUUCUUUCGGACUUCUUCUUUAUGAAAUGUUACCCAAACUGUCUUAUGAACAACUUAAUGUUGAUACAGUCUCAAAUCUAGAAAAAAAUCUUCUCAAAAAUUCACAGUCUGAUACAAAUACAGAAGAUUAUAAAACUCAAAUUCGUGCAUGUCUUAAUGAAAAUCCUGCAAAACGACCCAGUGCAAGCGAAUUGGUCUCCAAACUUACGGUCAUGCAGAAAAGAACUGAAAUUAAACCAUGUAUGGUAUGUGAUGAUCGAGACCGCACAUUACGUUUUGCACCUUGCGGACAUAAAGUAAUGUGCGCUCAAUGUUGGGAGUCGUGGCGUGCAAUAUCGAAUGGCAAUGCUCAAUGCAUUCUCUGUAAAGCAAUCGUUAGAAAUCAAACACAGGAUGAUACCAAUUCGACGUACUACCUGCCGCGAAAUUAG